GAAAAAUUGUAAAACAAGCUGAAAUGAGAUUUAAAUCGAAAUUAUUUCAGAGAAAUUUAUCUAAAAUAAUUCUAGCUUUUGUAGUUUUACUGAUUCUUUGUCUUGAUUUCUUUGACGGAUCAUCAAAUAUUCUAAAUCAGGAGGGAGUCGAUGUAAUUGAAGAAGUUUUAGAUUUGAUCCAUCAAUCGGUUCAAUUCAAUCAAUAUGGCAAUCAAAGUGUCACCGAGAUCUACUCUCACGGCUUCUUAAACUUGCCAUCAUUCAAAUGCAAAGAAGAUGACGAAAGUCCAAAACUUUUAAUCAUUAUUGCAUCAGCUCCAGAAAACUUUGAACUUAGGAAAGCUAUUCGAUAUUCUUGGGGUGGCCUUGGACGUUAUGAUCAAGUUCAAUUUGCAUUCAUAAUGGGCAAUUCAAGAUUUGUUCCAGAAUCCAAAAUAAUUGAUGAGAGUCUCAAGUACGACGACAUAAUUCGCGGUAAAUUCAUCGACAAUGAUGAAAAUUCAGCCUUAAAAACGAUUUCAAUGCUCGAAUGGGUCAGUUCCAAUUGUCCAAAUGCAAAAUUCAUCCUUAAAAUUGACGAUCAGACUUUUGUGAAUGUCGACAAGCUCUUGCAGAUCAUUGAUGGGAAACUUUUGGACACAAAAUCAAUUUAUGGCAGAAUGGCAGAGUCUUUAGUUCCAGUCAGAAGCAAAAAGUCUAAGUUUUAUGUAUCACAUGAUGAAUAUUACGGACAGUCUUACCCUAAGUUUAUAACUGGUCCAGCUUACAUGAUGACAAUUGAUUGUGUUCGGCUUAUUUACGAUGCAGUUUUAGAUGCUAAAUAUUUUAAACUUGAAGAUGUCUUCAUUACUGGAAUAAUAGCGAAUCUAGUUGGAAUUAAACGGAUAAAUACUGAAGAAUUUAAAAAAUCCGAUCCAGAAUUGAUUACAAAAUGUGAAUUAAAGGAUAUUGUUAGUGUUAAUGGAGUUACUGUAGAUCAGCAUUAUGACUUUUGGUAUGUUUUGAAUAAUGAAUUAUUUGAUUGCUGAUGGAAAGAAAGAAAUGUUGA